CGUUCUUCUUCUUCAUCCUUCACCCUUCUCCCAACUUUCCUUCAAAACCCUAAAUCCCUAAAUUCCAUCCAUAUGUUCUUCUUCUGCAACCUUCUCCCAAAUUGGACAUACUCCGUAAUUCUUCAAAUCAUAUGUUCUUCUAUCUUCUUCCACUUUCGAUUUUUGUUUACUCUCUCUGCGAACCUGCGAACAGAUGAACAUGACUUCGACCUCUUCGGCGCCAACGAAAUCAUAUUCUCAAGGUUGGUGAAGACAAUGAGAUCGAUAAAUAUGGACGAAAGAUGAAGCUGCUCAAGAUCAUCUAUGGUACAAAGCACAAUGAUUCCAUGUUGUAGCCUCCUUUGACAGGGGUUUGUUUCGACUGUAAGACAUAUGCGCUCAUUCGUUCCUGCCAUUUAUGACAUAACAGUGGCUGACCCUAAAAGUACUCCUGCUCCUACAAUGCUAAGACUCUUAAAUAGGAAACCUUCUGUGAAAAUGAUAAAACAGAAAAUGAUAAAAAACAUUGGAGAAGGCAAAGUAUCCGAAUCAAACAAUGGUGAUACAGUUAUUGAUAUUCCACCAGACCUGUUGAUUACAGAAUUUGAGGACCCAAUCGUAGCAAUAGUUAAUUCUACAUAUCCGGAAUUUACGAGCAAUUCUUGCUUCUACAUUGGAGGAGACGUGCGUGAUUAUUUCAGUGCAAAUUCUAUUGAUAAGUCGGAAUUCCACGAUGUAACAUUGGUUGACAUCCUCACCCCAGAAUUUCUCAGUUCACUGCAAACAUCAGGAUUACCUAACCAUCAUAUAAAACUAAAGGUUGGGACACCAAUUAUGGUCAUGAGAAACAUCAACCAGUAUGAAGGCUUAUGUAAUGGAACAAGGUUGAUAAUAACAAAGUUGGGUGGUGUGAUUUAAACUAUGUGAUUUUUAUUCUGGUGGUAAAAUUACUCUUGGUUGGGUGGAGAUAGAAGUUGAGUGUUGAGCCUUUGUUGCCUUUUAUAUGUACCAGUAUGUAAACUUGUAACAGGAUCAUGGCAUGUCUUAUGCUGUGUUAUUAUUAAUAUAUU